UUGUAGUGCUGUAAGAACAUAAUAUUCGUGUAUGUUUGUGUCUAUGUGAACGUGUUUGAUCCGGUCUUUUCACCGGGUGGCUGUUGAAUCUCCUUGUUGUAAACACUUUAACAUAAUUACCAGUGAUACAUAUAUCUUGAGAUUAGGCACAUCAUUAUUACUCAAUGUUUGCCAAAAUUGUUUGGUUUUCCUAUGAAGAAUUUUUUAACUACACCUACAAGAAAUCAUUGAUAGAAAAACAUAACAUCUCUGUGCUUAUGAAUGCCAUCAUCAAUUGCACCACAGUGACAUGCCACUACAUUCUUAGUCCUCCUGAUCACAACAGAAGGCCAAUAAUUGGGGUUGCCUGCUGCAAGAGUGAUCGAAGGUCUCCAGAGAGAAAACUGUUAGAUAAAUUGCUAAGUAAACAUCGAGUCCUUAUAUUUGGUAAAUCUGAUUGUCCUUUUACUUUGCAGAUGAGGCAGUUAUUUUCAAAAUUGGGUGUUAUGUUUACAACUAUUGAAGUUGAUAAAUGUUGUGAUGAUAAGUUUAAACAAUAUCUUGUUACACAUACAAGACUCUCAACGGUGCCGCAAGUAUUCAUUGAUGGCAAAUUUAUUGGUGGAGCUUCACAUGUGUUGAAGAAACAUGAAAAUGGGGAUUUAAAAGUUAUACUUUGUCAUUUAGACCCUCAAUGUUUGGCAGCAGCACAUAUAGCAGCAUUGAAGAAAAAAUGUAAUCCUGUGUUCAUAAGACCAAAACCCAAAAUUGUGGAAGUGUCAUCAUCAUCAUCAUCAUCUUCUUCUUCUACUUGUCCUAUUCCUCCAAACUAUGAUCCUUGUGCUCCUAAGGUGUACAACCCAGACUGCGAUAAGAUAACCAAAGUACCUCGUCUUCACAAAUCUAAACAUAGAUCUAGAAACAUUAACAUGGCAUGUAGGCCAACACCUUGUACAUCUUGUGCUAGAUAGUGUUGAUUGUUAAAGUUUAAAUAAAUUUUACUUGUCUCUC